CUUUUGAACCCAUGAACGCUACUCCGUACAGUUGAUUAUCUUAUCAAUUUACUUGGCGCAGGCGGUGAAGCGAGCUCCCCGCCAAAAGUUAAUAAAACUGGCAGAAAGUUUUAAGUCUUGGUCUGUGACCGGGACUUUCUAGCUGCAGUUGUUGCGGACAGACGGACACAAGAAUCCACCGGCUCAAUGGGUUCAAAACUGGCGGAGAAGAAGCGAAAGUCGAGGGAGUCCGACUCGGAUUCCGACGACGAGCUCGCAAAUGGCCUGUUCGACGGAGUUCUGUCGCAGAGCGAGGAUGAAGAAGACUACAUUCCGUCCGACGACGCAGACGAGGACGAGGAUGUCGACGACAGCGGGAGCGAAGGCACCGAGGGGAGUGAAGACAACGAGGAGGACGAUGGCAUCCUCAGCGACGAUAUUCCCUCGGAUGUCGAUGAGGAAGAGGAGAUGAACAAGCUCGUCAAGCAACAAGGGGAGCUCGAAAUAACGGAACCCGGCGUCGAUCCGAAGCCGAAGGAGGAUGUCGACGAAGAAGGGAAGAAUUACAGGAUCGAAAGGGAUGCCAAUGGGGGACUCCGAUAUGUCUACGAUGAGAUUGAUCCGGUCUACGAUUCCGACGACACAGACGCGCAGGGGCCGGUCAACACGAUAGGCAACAUCCCCCUGAGUUUCUACGACAGCUACCCACAUAUUGGUUAUGACAUCAACGGCAAGAAGAUCAUGCGCCCGGCGACUGGCGAUGCGCUGCAGAGUCUCCUCGAUAGUAUUGAAGUCCCCAAGGGGUGGACCGGGUUGACGGAUGUGAACACUGGCAAUCCGCUCAAUCUCAGCCAGGAAGAGCUGGAGCUGGUUCGGCGGGUUCAGAUGGGUCUGCUGCCAGAUGAUCUCCAAGACCCAUACCCCGAUACUGUGGAGUGGUUUACCUCCAAGGAGGAGAAGAUGCCUCUCAGCAGCGCCCCUGAGCCAAAACGACGCUUCAUUCCUUCCAAGAAUGAGGCCAAGCAGAUUAUGAAGUUGGUCCGCGCCAUUCGUGAAGGCAGAAUCCUCCCCUACAAGCCGCCUGAGGAACGCGAACGGGAAGAGGAAGAGAAGGAGGAAGCGCACUUCGACCUCUGGCAAAACGAAGAGCCUCAGGCGCCUAACCCGAUGCAUAUUCCUGCACCUAAGCUUCCGCCGCCUGGUUAUGACUUGAGUUACAACCCGCCAGAAGAAUACCUACCGACCAAAGAAGAGCGCGAAGCAUGGGAGAAUGCGGACCCGGAGGAGCGGGAGAAGGAGUACCUGCCACAGAAGUACAAUGCCCUGAGGAAAGUGCCUGCUUAUGGCAGCCUGGUCAAGGAACGGUUUGAGCGCUGCAUGGACCUCUAUCUGGCGCCCCGCGUGCGGAAGAACAGACUCAACAUCGAUCCCAACUCGCUUCUCCCGAAGUUACCCUCGCCGUCUGAGCUCAAGCCCUUCCCGACUGUCGUGCAGACGAUAUUCCGCGGCCACGAGGGGAGAGUGAGGAGCGUUGCGAUUGAUCCAACUGGUGUUGCGUUGGCUACCGGCGGCGACGACGGCACUGUCCGUGUCUGGGAGUUAUUAACAGGCCGGCAAGUAUGGUCUGUCAAGUUAAGUAGCGAUGAGCCCGUCAACACGGUCCGGUGGAGGCCAACCAAGGACUCCUUCAUCCUGGCUGCGGCUGCAGGUGAAGACAUCUUCUUGAUGGUUCCGACACACGCAAGCGUCACGCCGGCCCUCGACCAGGCCAGCAGGGAAAUCCUGGCGGCAGGCUUCGGCUACGCCACAAACGGGCAGCAGCAAGCACUUCCGGCUGGCAAGGAGCCGCCCGCAAAAUGGGCCAGGCCAGGCACGAAGCUGGAAGACGAAGGGGUCCUGAUCAGGAUCACGGUACGGGCAACUGUGAAGGUCAUCAACUGGCACAGGAGGGGUGACCACUUCGCGACCGUCUCACCCACCGGACAGCGAAGCUCAGUAGCCAUCCACACACUUUCGAAACACCUGACACAAAUACCCUUCCGGAAGCUCUCCGGCCUCGCGCAAACCGCGGCCUUCCACCCCCUCAGGCCGCUGUUCUUUGUGGCUACGCAGCGGACAAUCCGGUGCUAUGACCUCCAGAAACUGGAGCUGGUCAAGGUUGUUCAGCCCGGCGCGAAGUGGAUUUCAUCUUUCGAUAUUCACCCAGGCGGCGACAACUUGAUCGUGGGCAGCUAUGAUAAGCGGCUCCUCUGGCACGACCUCGACCUGUCCAACAGGCCGUACAAAACCAUGAGGUUCCACGGUGAGGCCAUCCGACAGGUCCGGUACCACAAGGGCGGACUCCCGUUGUUCGCCGAUGCCAGUGACGACGGCACGCUGCAGAUCUUCCACGGCAAGGUCCCGAACGACCAGUUGGAGAACCCAACCAUCGUACCGGUCAAGAUGCUCAAGGGACACAAGGUUGUCAGCAAACUUGGCGUGCUGGACAUCGAUUGGCACCCGCGCGAGCCGUGGUGCGUCAGCGCUGGAGCGGACGGGACUGCCCGGCUGUGGAUGUGAAGGCGGGCGUGCGAGGACUCGGAUUAGUGCUCGGACUUGAUCAGGAGACGCACCACACUGUACGUUGGUACUCUUUCCUUUUGGAGUUUGCGGGCAUCUCGGAAUGGCCUUCAGGGUGAUGUGAUACCAUAUAAAAACCUGCCUCUUCAUUGGACUGCGUGCCGCGUUGUUAUUGUCAAUUCCCCGUCUGACCUUUUGAAACAUAAAACCUGGCUAUCCCAUCCAAUCCAAUCUUCGUUUGGGUAUUGCUUGCGAAGUUUCUCGAGUGCACAUACUGUGCGCACAGUAUGGG